AGGUCGCUGAUGAUUGGCCAGAAAGGGUGGGGAAAGGCGGACCUCGUGGAGCAUGGAAAGGGCGGGGACCCGGAUGUGUGUGGUGGCGGUGGCCGAAGAGCUUGUGAGCGGAGCUGAGAGGCCUAUGGAUGAGGAGGACGCGGCGGCCCCGGUUUGUUCUCUUGAACAAGAUGGAUGACCUCAACCUGCACUACCGGUUUCUGAAUUGGCGCCGUCGAAUCCGGGAGAUUCGAGAGGUCCGGGCUUUCCGGUAUCAGGAGAGGUUCAAACAUAUCCUUGUGGAUGGAGAUACUUUGAGUUACCAUGGAAACUCUGGUGAAGUUGGCUGCUAUGUGGCUUCCCGACCCUUGACCAAGGACAGCAAUUAUUUUGAGGUGUCUAUUGUGGAUAGUGGUGUCCGGGGCACCAUUGCUGUGGGGCUGGUCCCUCAGUACUACAGUUUGGAUCAUCAGCCUGGCUGGUUGCCAGACUCUGUUGCCUACCAUGCUGAUGAUGGCAAGCUGUACAAUGGCCGAGCCAAGGGUCGGCAGUUUGGGUCAAAGUGCAACUCUGGGGACCGGAUUGGUUGUGGCAUUGAGCCUGUAUCCUUUGAUGUGCAGACUGCCCAGAUCUUCUUCACCAAAAAUGGGAAGCGGGUGGGCUCCACCAUCAUGCCCAUGUCCCCAGAUGGGCUUUUCCCAGCAGUUGGCAUGCAUUCCCUGGGUGAGGAGGUGCGACUGCACCUCAAUGCUGAGUUGGGUCGUGAGGACGAUAGCGUCAUGAUGGUGGACAGUUACGAGGAUGAAUGGGGCCGGCUGCAUGAUGUCAGAGUCUGUGGGACUCUACUGGAGUACCUGGGCAAGGGCAAGAGCAUCGUGGAUGUGGGGCUGGCCCAGGCCCGGCACCCGCUGAGCACCCGCAGCCACUACUUCGAGGUGGAAAUUGUGGACCCUGGAGAGAAAUGCUACAUUGCCUUGGGCCUGGCCCGAAAGGAUUAUCCCAAGAACAGGCACCCUGGCUGGAGCAGAGGGUCUGUGGCUUAUCAUGCAGAUGAUGGGAAGAUCUUUCACGGCAGUGGUAUGGGGGACCCCUUCGGGCCACGCUGUUACAAAGGGGACAUCAUGGGCUGCGGAAUCAUGUUCCCCCGGGACUAUAUUCUGGACAGUGAGGGGGACAGUGAUGACAGUUGUGACACAGUGAUCCUGUCCCCAACGGCCCGGGCUGUGCGGAAUGUCCGAAAUGUCAUGUACCUGCACCAGGAAGGAGAAGAGGAAGAGGAGGAAGAGGAAGAGGAAGAAGAUGGGGAAGAGAUAGAACAGGAGCAUGAGGGCAAGAAGGUGGUGGUUUUUUUUACACGGAAUGGCAAGAUCAUCGGAAAGAAGGAUGCCGUUGUACCUUCUGGAGGCUUCUACCCCACCAUUGGAAUGCUAAGCUGUGGGGAGAAAGUCAAAGUAGACCUACAUCCCUUGAGUGGCUAGGAGCUUCCCAUCUGCAGCUGCCUUCUCCCUCUGCAGGGCCAGAUGCCCAGUUCCUCACUUCUUCCAGGAUUGCUUGCCCAGUGGGUCCUGGGGUAUGUGGUCACCUGUCAGCCCAGAUCCUGUCAAGCUGUACCUUUCUGACCUGGAGCUAUUUAUCAUCAGUCCCUGGUUGGAUAGGAAUGGACCCAAAGAAUGAUGUUGAUAUAUAGGACAGGGGGACUCACCCUUCCUUUGGCCCGUGGGCAUCUGGAUACCCCUUUCACUGGCCCCAGGCAAGUAGAGAAGGGUGAACCCCUCAUCCUCCCAGCUGCUUGUUGGGCAGGAGCUGUGCAGAGGGUGUAGGAGAGUCAUCCCUGUCGCUUACUUCCCACAGUAUUUCCCCUGAACUCUCUUUUGUUCCCUGUCUUCAUUGUGUGAACCAGUUGCUGCUGUCCUCCCCACCGCUGGCUAGGGGCCACCCUUGGACCAUUUCUUUACUGGCUGCUGCUCCAGUCCUUUAGGGUUUAUUCUCUCCCUUCGGAGCUGGCUGCCCCUUACCCAACCCACUCAGGCAUCAUCAUCCCACAGAGAGCCUGAGACUCUGGCUCCCCCACCUGGACACACCAAUGGCUGCCCAGGGUGUGUGCUAACAGGGUUGUGGGACUGGGGCUUUUUCACCUAUCUCCCUGUCCAGCCAUGGUGCUGUUGUCUUGGGGUGAUGCUUGUGGUGAGCCAGCCUAGAGGGGCAGCUUGGCCCCUCGCUUCCAUUUCCUGCCCCAUCUCUGCCUACCCCUACAUUCCAGCUUGCUGCUUGUGCCAGUUGCCUGUUUGCCUCAGUGUUUGAUGCUAGCACUUACAUAGACUCCCAUCUCCUUGUACCCUUUAACCCCUGAGCCCUCCCUGUAACAGUGACUUCUGCUGGGAGGAAGAGGGAGCAGGAGCCAUUGGCCUCAGUUUGCACAGAGUGGGUAGAGCCAUGGGGAAAGUAGGUGCACUGUGGUGCUCCUGGGACCCCCGUGGCUGUCCCUUCAGGCCCUGCACUAUAAUGUAUGAAAUGUAUGUACAGAUGAGAGAUGUUUAUACAGCCAAUAAAAACAGAGUUUCCAUAUUUA